CGUAAACGUGUCGCAGCGCGGGCAGUGAUGGGGCAGAGCGCCCGUCAAUUAGGACGAGCGGGCGUGUCGCUGCAAUGGAUUGGCUCGUUGAACUGGCGCUGUGAAAGAUGUCAAUGGGUCUCCUCCCCACCCCCAGCUGUCACAGCGGGCUGAGUGAGAACAGAGGAAGCUGAUUGCGCUCUGGCCGCAGGGAGACGGCGAGCUGGGACCCAGGCAGGAUGAGAGGAGACGAUCCCUUUGCUGCUAUGAAGAACCUGAAACGCUUCAGCGACAGAGCUGCUGCCGGCGAUUUUUUCCUUCAGGCUGCAGACAUCCGUGAUCCUAAUGAUCACAUCCUCUCGCAGGAAGAUUUCGAUGAGAUAACGGAUUUCAAUGACCUCCCGACCUCACUCUUUGCCUGCAACGUGCAUCAAUCUGUUUUUGAAGACGAACAGCGAAGGGAGAAGUUUGAAGCGCUUUUCUUGGCUUAUGAUGACCAUGCCACAUUCCAGCUGUUCAAAAGUUUCAGGCGUGUACGAAUUAACUUCACCAAUCCCAAAGUAGCAGCCCGUGCCAGAAUAGAGCUCCACGAAACAAAGUUCAAUGGGAAGAAGCUAAAACUCUAUUUUGCACAGGUUCAAAAUCAAGGUUCAGAUGGAGAUAACCUGCAUCUUGCCCCCCCACAGCCAGCAAAACAGUUUCUCAUCUCCCCUCCAGCAUCACCACCUGUAGGCUGGCAACAAAUUGAUGAUGCAACUCCAAUCAUCAACUAUGAUCUUCUCUAUGCAGUGGCAAAACUGGGACCUGGAGAGAAGUACGAAUUACAUGCAGGAACUGAAUCAACUCCCAGUGUGGUGGUCCAUGUCUGUGAUAGUGAAGCAGAGGAUGAGGAUGAACCGAAGAAUUCUCCUAAACCAAAAAUAAUUCAAACCCGCCGUCCUGAUCUGCCGCCAGCAAUGUCCAAUUGAAAUAUUGAUGCGCACUUUUAGUCAAGUAUGAUCUAGUGCUCUCUGCUGUGGCCAUACUCUGUUGAGAGGAACAAUGGUCUGUCAUUCACAGAUGUAUUUGUUUUCGAGCCCCUUCUGAGUUUCUAAGGCUUACCAAAAUAGGAUGGAAGUGGUUACUAUGUGCAUGCCUAUUUGCUAUAUACAAAUUAGUAUCUGAUCAUAUCAUAAAUCAUUCAUUUAUGUUAGAAUGGCAUUAGUAAAACCCAGGAAUAAUUGUAAAGCUUGGCAUUAUAACUCCAACAUGAAUAUAAUUUAAACUAUUAAGUACAUGGUAACCUGCUGUUCUAAAAUGAUUUGGUAUAAAUGUUUGAUCCAAUUUUAAAUUAGGCUUAAAUUCUUUGAGGCAUAUUGUGAUUAUGUCUGCUGUGUUCUCUGACUUGUUCAGGAAAUGAAAAGGUUAACGAGUGGUCUGAGUUUUACUUUUUUGGCACUGAAUUGCCAAUGAUGUCCUUGGUGAAAAUCCUGUGAGACAUAAAAGAUAUAGGGCAACCUUGGGGAAAUACUAACUUUCAUUUAUAUCAAUGUGCAGUACAUAAUGUCAGCAUCUUCUAAUAUAAUCUUGUGAAAAGGUGUAACUGUAAUUUGUAUUUUUAUCACUGUUUUAAUAUUGAUAAAAUGUACUGAUUGAAGUUAUAUGCAAUAUACUUACUGAAAAUAGGAAUGACAAAAUGAAUAUAGACAUGGAUAGACAAAUAAGCAUUAUUACAGUCAUGAAUUUUCCAAUCUACACAUCUGUUCAGGAUGAGUAUCAAUAGACCAUAUUGUCACUUGCUGCAUUGAAGUUUCUCUGUUGUCCUAUUACAAGACAUCUUUAUGGUCCAAUUAGCACAAAACAACCUGCUAUUCCAUUUUAUAGAAAACACUUUUUUAAAAAAAAGUAAUUUCCAUAACACAGGGUUUUUAAAACAUUUUUGGCAUUUUCUCAAUGUAGCUUUUCUUUUACUGUGCUAUGCAUAUUACUAACCCACACAGUAUACAAUUGGAGGUGUCCAAAUAUUGGAUUGAAAAAAUAUGGUCUAUAAGUUACUUGAUGGUGUAAUAAUAAAAUGUGCACUUAUUGUCUUUGGACAUAAGUUCUAGUGACACAGUUAAGAAAAUAUAAAAACUAGACUAAACUCUAUCUAUCAACAUUUACAAUAAACAAUUUAGCAUUUUUCUUGAUUCUGAUUUAUUUUGAGACAUUCACAUAUUUAACCAAAGACUGCAAAUUGGAUUAGAAACUCACUUAAAUUAAUCAAAAUGUUGUAACUUUCCAAUCGUAUUUUCAAGUUUCAUGUAAUGAAAUAUUUGUUAAUGGCUCUCAAUAUUAAUUCCAUAGUUAUUUGUUUUUAUUCUGGAUAACCACUUUGCUUUGUUCAAUUCAUAUUAUCUAUCAUAUAUAACAUUUAAUGAUCAUUCUGCUUAUUGUAUGUGUCACUUUCUGUGGUGUUUUAACAUGUUGCAAGAAGUAACUCGGGGUUUCUACUCAACAAUUUAAUCAGUUACUAUGUUUUCAUGAAUAUUCUUUUUAAAAUUACAUGAAGGAAAUAUUAAUGAAUAAGACAUAGGAAUUAGAUCGAAUGAGUACACAAAUGGCACAAAGGAAAGUGGUUAAAACUUGCCAAGAGGCUAUAAAAAGAACCAGUAAAUAAAUCUACUGUAUAAAUGUAAUCAUUCAGAAUGCUGAAAUGUUAUAGCCCAGUAGAAUCAAAUCUCAUUAUAGCAAAUUCAAUCGAUUCAUGUAUUUUCUAAUCUCAUGAAACUACAUUAAAAUGAAGAGGUAAAUGAAUUCCAUUGACAGUGUUGAACUCCCAUCAAGUAGUAUGCUAAAUGUCAUUUGAACUGAAUUCUUCUCCAUCUCUUUCAGCCCUGGCUUUCCCUAUAACUUUCCCCAAAGCAGUUUGAAAUUGGUGGUAUUCUUCCCCCAAAGGAGUCCAUUAGAUCCCAUGGUUGUACUGUGUUCAGAAACCCUUAAAGGCCAUCUUAAAGGGAUGAUUAGCUGAUGAUAAUGAGAUGCUUUGCCAAGUGACUAAAGCUUUCGUGUAUAGUUAGAAUAUGACAUUGUUAGUAACUAUUAGUAUUGGAUAUUGUCUGUGUUAUUAUGUGUCUUCGCCACUUAAUGGGUGCUAGUAAUAAUACUUCUUAAAUUAAUUGCCUUAUAUAUGUAUGUCUGGUAUUUAUCUGUUGUUAUUUGGUCUGUGCACGGAACAGUGUCUUAUUGUUCAAAAUGGUGGUCAUUGUAGCAGAAUUGUACCUGUGCCUAAUCUGAGAUUUUGCAAAAGGCACGCUCUCGCAAACACAUCUUUGAAAAUCCCUUCAUUCAAUUAUAAUCCACAUUUAGGCACGUUCAAAGUUUUGUGAUUAAAUAAUCAUGAUUAUUGGUCAUAUAAAGCAAUGCUUCAUUUAAGUCUCUUUUUAAAAAUGCUAUUUUUUAUUGUUUCUGUAACAUAAAAUAUUCUCCUUACAAGUAGUUUAUAACACAUUUGUUUGGUUACCAAAUAGGCUGUGCCUCAUCGCUAAUCACUCAGCACCUUAUUAUGUAAUUCUUUAAACAGCUCUUAUAGCGAUGACCCUAAGAACCUGUGAAAGUCAGGACAGAUGUAAUGAACACCACAAGGAAUAAAACACAGGAUUUGCAUUAAGAGAUAACAAUGAGACCAUCAGCACUCAUUGCAUUAAGAGAGGAAAUCUGAUAGCAACCUGUAUAGCUAAUUGCUGAAACCUGGAUAUUUCUGUACAUGAUUUCUUGCACCCUACUUUACCUCCCCACCACCCACUGUACCCCACUCAGGCUGCAUUACUGCAACCCUCUCUAACAUCAUCUUAAGAAACUAACAACAAAAAAGUUAUUUAUGAACUAUUCUGACUUUAAAACACAGAUAAUGUUGUGGUUCUUUGCAUAAAUUUAGGACAUUUUUAAUGGCAUACUGAGCCAUAGUUAUUGCUUAACAACCUCUCUGGCCCUCAGUAAAUAAUUUUAUAUGUGUUGAUUGCCAUUCCCUCAGAAAAAUAUUUCAAAAUUACAUGGAUUUUAAAAUAAAAGGUAUUUUUAUUUUAGUUUUCAA